AUGGGUACCAUCCUCGCAGCACUUGCGAAUCAGUUUCAGGCGUUACUCGCUCGGGCCCGUGACGGCGACACCGACGCUAUCGGCUGGCUGGCGUUGGGUGUAGCGGCUCUUGUUUGGCUGAUGACUCGCGCAGCACAGGCCUUGGCGACGUUGCUGUCUCCAGCGAAACCUGCCGAAGGUUUGGAACUUGCUUAUCCGCCACUGUACACAGAAGGGUUUCCGGUUGUCGGCAACGUCGCGGCGUUUGCGCGUAACCCGCUCCAACUGGCGAAGCGCGCCUAUGCGCAACUCGGGGACGUGUUCACGCUCCGUGUUGGGCCCAAGCGGUUCACUUUCCUGGUGGGACCCCGAGCGCACGAGGUUUUCUUCCGAGCCAAUGACGACGAGCUGGAUCAGGGUCCAGUUUACGGGUUCUCCGUUCCGGUCUUUGGCCGCGGAGUCGUCUACGAUGCGCCGCUCGCCAUCCGCCUUGAGCAAUUCCGCUUUGUAUCAACCGCUCUGCGGGCUGCGCGUUUGCGGGAGUACGUGCCGCUCAUGGUCGCGGAAGCAGAGACAUACUUCAAGCGGCAUUGGCAUGGAACUGACGGUACAGCUGAUCUUUUGAAAAGCUUAUCUGAGUUGAUCAUUCUCACUGCAUCCCGUUGUCUAAUGGGCCGGGAAGUGCGCGAGCAACUGUUCGAAGAGGUGAGCACCCUCUAUCAUCAGCUAGAUCAAGGGAUGCAGCCGCUUUCGGUUUUCGCUCCGCAUUUCCCCUGUAAAGCGCACUGGCAACGCGAUCGAGCCCGUCGUGAGAUGCGUCGGUUAUUCGCGUCCAUCAUCGCGAAUCGACGAAAGAGGUACCAGGAAAUCGCAGCACAGGCAGAGAGCGUGGGGCAGGACCCGCAACAGGCGCUGGAGGCCGCGAAAGAAGUCGACGUCUUACAAGUUUUUAUGGACUCGCAGUAUCGAGACGGCUCGCGGCUCACAGACGACCAAAUCACUGGCCUGCUUAUUGCCGUGCUUUUCGCGGGCCAGCACACGAGCACCAUCACAGGCACUUGGACAGGAUUAUUGAUGCUUCGGAAACCGGAGCUCGUUACCCGCGUGCGCGCCGAACAGGAGCAGGUAUUGUACGACGAUGACGGCUGUUUCAAAAUCGAUUACGAUGCACUGCUACGAUUGGAUGUGAUGCACCGGUGUAUCAAAGAGGCACUGCGCAUGUAUCCACCGUUGAUUUUCCUGAUGCGUGAGGUCGUCAUUCCGCGAACCUACCGUGACUACGUCAUUCCGAAAGGUGACAUCGUGGUGGUUUCACCUCCGUUGGCGAUGAGUUUGCCGGAGGUUUUCGCUGAUCCCGAUCGUUAUGAUCCCGAUCGGUACGCGCCGCCUCGCGAGGAGGAUAAGCGCGUGCCUUUCAGUCAUAUUGGAUUCGGCGGUGGCCGUCACGCUUGCAUGGGAGAACAGUUCGCUUAUCUCCAGAUCAAGACCAUCUGGAGUGUCAUCUUGCGGGACUAUGAUCUGGAACCCGUAGGUCCGCUGCCGCUUCCCGACUAUUCCGCGAUGGUGGUGGGGCCCAAACCUCCGUGCCUCGUUCGGUGGCGCCGGCGAACACCCUGA